ACAUAGCAACGCCCCUGAGCCAGGCAGCGCCUACGGCUGCGUGAGCAGCGCAGGCUAGCUUACACGUAGCGGUGAGCAGUUUGGCAGGUGAUCGUCGCCGGUCGGUUGGGUCCCGGGCCAAAAGUAUUGGAGCUACGCGAGACGCACCUGACGGGGUAACCUGAUGGACCGGUGGGCCGGAAGGGUGGCGCUGGUCACCGGUGCCAGUGUCGGUAUCGGUGCCGCCAUCUGUAGGGAGCUCGUCAAACAUGGUAUGAUCGUCAUCGGCUGCGCAAGAAACGACAAACAAAUUGAGGCGCUGUCCGUGGAGCUGGCCGGCCAGGCCGGCUCCCUGGUGGCCUUCCACUGCGACCUGAACGACUCGGACCAGAUCGAGACGCUGUUCGCCACCGUCCGCGAACAGUUCGGCGGCAUCGACGUGUGCGUCAACAACGCCGGCCUCUACUUCACCGGCUCGCUGCUCAACGGAGACGUGGAAAAGUGGCGCACCAUCCUCAACGUCAACGUGCUGGCCGUGGCGCACUGCGCCCAGCUGGCCAUCCGCAGCAUGCGCGACCGUAACGUCGACGAGGGACAGGUGAUCAACAUCUGCAGUCUCUCCGGGCACCGGGUGCCCCCGAACCCGGACGUGCACUUUUACGCGGCCUCCAAGUACGCGAUGACGGCACUAACCGAGGGCCUGCGUCAGGAGCUCGCUGCCGAGCCGCCCACCAAAAUCCGCGUGGCCCAAAUAUCCCCGGGUCUGGUGCAGACCGAGAUAGCGGCCCGGGCACACAACGAGCCGGGUCGAGUCAUGGAGCUGGGCGUCGAGGCGAAGAACAUUGCCGACGCCGUGCUGUACAUCCUGUCGACCCCACCGGAGCUCCAGGUCCACGACAUUCUCCUACGACCGACAGCGCAGCGGACCUAACUUCAGGGGCUGCUAGAGACCGGAUGAGGGCCAUCGGGUUCGCGCAGCUGCCUGGACGGCACAGUGUUGUAACGGUGCCUAGCUCCUGAUGUCAACUGCCAUCCCGUCUCCGCCGACCGCGACUGUUCCGUUCCCGCCACGGCCGGAACACAUAGCUUAUGCGCUGUGGCGCCGUUGAACGCGAUUUAAAUACAUGUGCAGACCUGA